UAGUUGCAGAAUAUGUUGUCCAUAAAAGUUCUAAUGUAGAAGCCCAUAUAUGCUUAUCAAUAUGAAGCUGCUGGAGUUCUUCUGAAUUUGUUGCAAGUUGACUACGUUUAGCAUACGUUUGUCAGAGAUCCGGACCUGUAUAUAAAGUAAUGUCAAUUGUCAUUUGUCAACAACCAUCUCCAUAUAUUGCUCCAGUCAUUCUCACAGUCAGUAACACGCAAACACACAAGACAUACACCAGUAAAUGAUCAUGGAGCGUUCCAAUUCAACCGCGAGUAGUUCAUCAAGAAGAUCAAGUUUCAACUCCUCUAGUUUCUCCUCCUCUUUCUCUCUUACUCGCACUAGUAAAUAUGUAUUAUCAGUCGAAUGUUUGAAAGGAAGCUCCAAAUCCGAGGAGUGGACGGACCAGAUGCUCCAAACAGGAGACAUUGUCGAAGAAUUUAUCGUCGGAAACACAGUAGUCAAGUCUCCUUUUAAGAACGGAAGCUCUGGAGUGCAAAAAAUCCUGCGAGAUUAUUACAAAUCAUCUGACACUUUUAUUCGAGUCCGAGUACGUCGAGGCAGAGAGCAUGAGUUGGCUGAGCUACAGGCGUGUAUCGUGCCUAAAGAGACUGCAGGUGGAAAGAAGAAGUACAUGGUGAGGUCUAUUGAUGAUCCGAAUUACGCUGUUGGAUUUGUUGAUCGAACGGAGGCUGAGUGCUUAGCUUUGCAAGCUUCAAGGAACUCAAGAAUGGUGAAUGCUUUAGCGAUGACUCCGCUUCAAGAAGGACAUGUCUCCUAUCCAUGGGAGAAGAGAAUGCAGGAGAUGCUUUCAGUUCCAAAUUCAAGUUUUUUCCUCUCUGUGCUUUUCCUCCCAAAAUCUUCAGAUGCCAAUCCUUCGCGCUACAAUGAUCUGGAUGACACUCUGGCUAGAGCAAAUACGUGGCUUUCUGCCUCUCAGGCAUCAGGUGUCCCUGUUGUAUUCAUGAACAUCCAAACUGAAUCUUUACUUACCAAGAUCUCUGGAGACACGGCUUCUUCUACUGUAAACGCUGGUUCACUUUCUGAUUUGUCAAAUCUUGCUAAUGCAAGUUUAUAUGGCUUUGAGGAUUACCAUGGAGUGGACAUUGGUGUAGUCCGAGCAGUUCGUUUAUGGUAUUCUCCAUCUGAAGGGGAAAUACCAUUUGAAAUCAUGAUCGAGGAGAGUGACACAAAACUCGGCUUUGCAAUUAGUCGCACAGAAGAGGGAUUCAUCUACAUUUCUUCUGUAUCAGAAGAUGUAGAUAACGCACCUUCAACACGAUCAGGCCUCAGUAAUAUGUAUAGAGAAGCAAGCCAAGCGAACAAACUAUUAGCAAUUUCAAGAAUAAAUAAUCAAAAAGUGCUGCCUUGGAUAGUGUCUGCAACAGGCGCUAUCAGAUGCUUUGACACUGUUUCUCUUAGUCAGAAAUUCUCAUUGCAUCGACAUGCAAAAGUGCCUAUACUCAUUCACCUCUUCUUGUGGGAUCGAACAAGUACUUCCCUGACCGAAGUCAGGACCACAGGUCCAGUACUGGUGACUGAAGAUUCAAAUGAGAGCACAGACGACAGCACUGAAGGAUCAGAUGGCGUACUAAACAGAGAGACUUCUGCAGGAUCCUCUUUCCGAUUCCAUAAUUUUACAGUUCCAUAUAACUGGGUUUGAUUUUUCUCAUCAUUUUACUAGAUUUGUUGACAUCUGUUAUGGCUAGAAAUUACUUUAAAUAUAUACAUGUACGUUAAAAAAUAUUGAGCAGAAUUCUUUUUAUUAAGAUCUGAUUUGCAUGCA